AUCAUGUGCCUGCCCGACUGGCGUGAAGCUUUUACCUGACAACAAGACUUGUGAGCAAGGUAAGCGGCGGAAACUUUGAAAGCGGUUUCUUGGUUACAUACACCUCAUCUGCGUUUAUUUAAAUUCGCAUUCCAGCGCUUGAUGUUUUUUCCUUCGGAGUACAACACGCAUUAUAGAAUUUUAAGAAAUCAAGUUAAGUAUUUGAGACUUUUUUUAUAGACUCACCAUUUUUUGUGUUAGAACAUCUCUUGUUUGAAGACGGUUCCGUCAUGUUAGUUAAGUCUACAACUUUUUACCAAUCCAGCCCAAAAUAGUUUUUGUGGCUAAGCAAACUACAUAAAUUUCACUUCCACGGAUUAUUUCUACUCCCUUGCGAAUUUUGGCAGCGCAGUGCUGCACUUCGAUUGAAACAGAAAGUUAAAGAAGCACAAACGUUUCAGGGAUGAAUAAAACUAGAACGCAUUAUUAUUGUCAGAGGGAAACAUUUUUAUCUAUGAAGGGGGGCUUCAAGAAGUACUCUGUAGCCUAGGACAAACGUCGAACCUUUCAUGAGAAGAACCAAAAUCUAAUUUGGGAAUUAUGCACUCUUAAAGUUUCUAGAUGUAAAUAAAAUAAAUGUCUGUUGCAUAGUUACUGAGGCGUUCUUACUAAAUUUAAAGUAAUUUGGGGGAGAAUCAUAAUUUCUGCAUUUUUUGCUAAAAUGAGCAUAAUUUGCAGAAAAUAGAUUUAAUUUUAGAAAUAUACGAACACUCCUAGUAGCAUAUUAUGCUAUUUUUGGGAGCACGAUCUAUCAAAGCCUAGCUAUUGCUUUGGCGUACGUCGCAGGUCCCGUUCACGUUUUGAUGCUGGUUAAGGAAAAGGGGAUUUGCGCCACAUAUUCCUGGACACACCCGACCUCACUGAUGUUGUCAUACCAGUUUCUGGUCUCCUACCAUAAUGGCCAAAUUUCAGUUGUAAUAGGUGAAAGGCAGAACUUCCAGUACUUCAUUUAAAUUCAUUUUGUUACAGGUCCUGUACACUUCCUAUUAUUGGCACGUAAAGUAGAUAUACGACGUAUUUCACUUGACACACCCGACCUCACUGAUGUUGUUAUGCCAGUUUCUGGUCUCCGCCAUGCAGUUGCGAUUGAUUUUGAUCCUGUGAAUAAAUUUGUAUAUUGGAGCGAUGACGAAAAGCUUGAAAUUAAAAGGUCCAAAAUGGAUGGAACAGGUAGGGCUGCACUGUUGCUUUUUAUAAGUUUUACCACGGGCCUCGAUUGAAAUAAUCAGGUUCAUUUGGCGCUUACUGUUACAAUUUACAUUCUGCGCUCUCCCUGAAAGUUUAUUUAAUUUUGGCUUCAACAGAACCUCCUACUAAGGGGCAGACAAUUCCUGUUAGAUGCAUUGUACUAGAUCCCGUUUACAUUAAGAAACGUUGUUCCAGCAGGUAGAAGUAAGGGUCACUCGCCUAACUGAUCGAACAACCCUGGCUUUUACUACGUUUUCCUCACAGAAUUUGGCAAAACGUAUACAUGAAUUUGUCACAAAGUGUCGGCUCGGCUAAAAGGGUGACGCCCCUAGCUGAGGCAUCCUUUUGUGAUGGUAGGGUCGCCCUCCUUUCCGUGCCAACUUUUCUCCAUAAAAACACUCUUGUCUAACCGCGGCAGGAUUAGCUCAGCCGGUAGAACACUUGUAUUGCAAAGUGGGAGACCGCGGGCUCGAUUCUCUCUGGACCGGACCGAUACUCAGGGACUUAAACUAAAUGGAAAUUGAUGGUACGGCCUUUGCCCUGAAAUGGCUACACCCUCGGGUGGUUCAGAUGACCACGUAAAAUGGCGGUCCCGUCUCCAGUAGGAGAUGUACAAGCUGAAUACAUUGACACUCAAAUAAAGUGCAGAGUGCGCCCAGCUUGGUCAACCCUGUCAAUCAAUCAAAGCAUGCGCAAGCAAUGCUUUUUACAAGACGCAAUCUCGCUCCCAGAGGCUGCAAUCCUUUUGGUCAGCAUCAAGGAUGCCCGUUCCGCUGGACAAGGGUAACGAAGGCUUUCGGGACCAGAUUUACCCAAGACCCAUUGUCUCUGGCAAAGGGUUCAACUCAAAUGAACUGUCGCUAAAUUUAACUGGGCUGGUAGGGUCACCCGUCUGGCUCGUACAACUUUACUCCAUAUAAACGGGCCUCAGCUAACACCUGGCAUGCAGCUGAAGCAGAGCCAUUUCUAGCUUCAUGAGUGGCACGCUCUUUAUGUUUGUUUGAUUACCUUUGUUAGAUGUGCAAGUCUUAAUCAACAACGUUAGCCAUCCUGAUGGUCUUGCCGUUGAGUGGGUGGCACGGAACUUGUACUGGACUGACACAGGCACAGAUCGAAUUGAAGUCAGCAGGUUGGAUGGCUCGUCUAGAAAGAUCGUCAUCUCUGAAGACCUAGACGAGCCAAGAGUAAUAACACUGUACCCUUCUCUAGGGUAA